AUGCUGAGCUGGGUCCAGAAGGUGCUGCCUCAGCCUCCAGGGACUCCUCAGAAGACCAAGAUGGAGGAGGAGGAGGAGGCAGAACCAGAACCAGAGCUGGAGCCGGAACCAGAGCCGGAGCCAGAGCUUGAGACAGAGGCAGAACCAGAACCGGAGCCUGAAACAGCCCCCGAGGAGGCUGAGAGAGGAAGAGCCCUGCCACCCGAAGAGCCAUUGGAGGAGGAGGAAAUGGCUGCGGCUGCCCUGAGCCCCCAGGAGACCCAGGAGGCGGCCUCUACUCUGCCCACAUCCCUCCAGGCUCAGGUCACUGUGGCUCCUGAAGUAAACAGCAGUCCCAGCAGCUGGGCACUGACCUGGCUCAUGAAGGGUGUGGAGAAGGUCGUCCCACAGCCCGUCCACAGCGGCAGGGCAGCCCAGAACACCGCUGCUGGCAUGGAGGACCCAGCUCAGGCUGGAGCACAGGUCCUUGGGCACUGCAGCACUGGAGGUGCAGCAUCUGCAGAUGGACCCAGUGAGGGCCCAAGGGCCCCGGACACCAGGCCAUGGCUGCUCAGAUGGUUCGAGCAGAAUCUGGAGAAAGCGCUGCCUCAGCCCCCCAAAUACUCUAAGGGCUGGAGAGAUGAGCCUGCAGCUGCUGCCUCUAGCCCAGAGCCUGCAGCCCCGCCCCUGGCGACAGAGCCCGAGCCCGAGCCACCGCAGGUCUUGGAGAGCCCCUCCCUGCCCACGGCCGUUCCCCUGGAGCCUGAGGAGGAGCUGGCUGCAGAGCCCUCGCCUGGCUUCCAGGCCUCCUCCCUGCUGCCACCCAAGGACCCUGCCAGGUUGGUAGCAUGGCUUCUGCACAGACUGGAGAUGGCCCUGCCACAGCCAGUGCUCCAUGGGAAAGCUGGGGAGCAGGAGGCUGACUCCCCUGAAACAAGUGACGUGCAGACCAUCAGCAUCCUCCCUGGAGGGCAAGUGGAGCCCGACCUCAUCCUAGAGGAGGUUGACCCUGACUGGGAGGAUGCCCACCAGGAUGGCAGCACCAGCCCGCAGAGUACAGAGGUGGCUCCAGCUUAUGAAGAAGAGAACGAAUCUGUGGAGGAGAUACUCAGGAAGCUGCCCCAGAUUCAAGAGGAGAAAGAAGAUGAGGAGGAGGAUGGAGAGGAGGAGGAAGAGGAGGAGGAGGAGCAGGAGGCUGAUUUCCUGCUGGAUAGCUGUUUAAUGUCACAGGCCAGUGAGGACCAGAGUGCAGUAGGCGAGACCCAGCACCAGAGGGCCUCACCCCAGGAGCUGCAGGAGGAAGCUGUGGCCACCAGCUCAGGAGUGCCUGCCACGAAAGAGCACCCAGAAGUGCAGGUGGAAGACACUGAUGCUGUCACCCAUCCCCUCAUCACGGAGGAGAAUCCACCCUCGCCUGAGCUGCUGCCACCUUCUCCUGCCAAAUCCGACACCCUCACGGUCCCGGGCUCAGCCCUGGGGAUGCACAGGAAGAAGCUGCCCUCUCAGGAUGAUGAGGAUGAAGAGCUCAAGGCGCUGUCCCCAGCUGAGUCCCCGGUGUUGGCCUGGUCAGACCCCACCACCCCUCAGAACACCGAUGGACAGGACCGUGCGGCCUCCACGGCCAGCCAGAACAGUGCCAUCAUCAAUGAACGGCUCCAGGAGCUGGUGAAGCUCUUCAAGGAGCGGACAGAGAAGGUGAAGGAGAAGCUCAUCGACCCCGACGUCACCUCCGACGAGGAGAGUCCCAAGCCCUCCCCAGCCAAGAAAGCCCCAGAGCCAGCCCCAGACACCAAGCCUGCUGAUGUGGGGCAGGUGGAGGAGGAGCACUACUGCGACAUGCUGUGCUGCAAGUUCAAACGCCGCCCCUGGAAGAUGUACCAGUUUCCCCAGAGCAUUGAUCCUCUGACCAACCUGAUGUACGUCCUGUGGCUGUUCUUCGUGGUGUUGGCCUGGAACUGGAACUGCUGGCUGAUCCCUGUACGCUGGGCCUUCCCUUACCAGACGCCAGACAACAUCCAUCUCUGGCUGCUGAUGGAUUACCUGUGUGACCUCAUCUACCUUCUGGACAUCACCGUGUUCCAGAUGCGCCUGCAGUUUGUCAGAGGGGGGGACAUCAUUACAGACAAAAAGGACAUGCGAAAUAACUACAUGAAAUCUCGUCGCUUUAAGAUGGACCUGCUCUGCCUCCUGCCCUUGGAUUUUCUCUACUUGAAAUUUGGUGUGAACCCCCUCCUUCGCUUGCCCCGCUGUUUAAAGUACCUGGCCUUCUUUGAGUUUAACGACCGCCUGGAAUCCAUCCUCAGCAAAGCCUACGUUUACAGGGUCAUCAGAACCACAGCCUACUUGCUGUACAGUUUACACUUGAACUCAUGUCUUUAUUACUGGGCGUCGGACUAUGAGGGCAUCGGCUCCACUCACUGGGUUUACGAUGGCGUGGGAAACGGUUACAUUCGCUGUUACUACUGGGCUGUGAAGACCCUCAUCACCAUUGGUGGGCUGCCCGACCCCAGGACACUCUUUGAAAUUGUCUUCCAGCUUCUGAACUACUUCACAGGCGUCUUUGCUUUCUCUGUGAUGAUUGGACAGAUGAGAGAUGUGGUGGGGGCCGCCACCGCAGGCCAGACCUACUACCGCAGCUGCAUGGACAGCACAGUGAAGUACAUGAACUUCUACAGGAUCCCCAAGUCCGUGCAGAACCGUGUCAAGACCUGGUACGAGUACACCUGGCAGUCGCAAGGCAUGCUGGACGAAUCAGAACUGAUGGUGCAGCUUCCGGACAAGAUGCGGCUGGACCUCGCCAUCGAUGUGAACUAUGACAUUGUUAGCAAAGUGGCACUCUUUCAGGGCUGUGACCGGCAGAUGAUCUUUGACAUGCUGAAGAGGCUUCGCUCUGUGGUCUACCUGCCCAAUGACUACGUGUGCAAAAAGGGGGAGAUUGGCCGCGAGAUGUACAUCAUCCAGGCGGGGCAGGUGCAGGUUUUGGGCGGCCCUGAUGGGAAGUCUGUGCUGGUGACACUCAAAGCUGGAUCUGUGUUUGGAGAAAUCAGCUUGCUGGCUGUUGGUGGCGGGAAUCGGCGUACGGCCAACGUGGUGGCCCACGGGUUUACCAACCUCUUCAUUCUCGAUAAGAAGGACUUGAAUGAAAUUUUGGUGCAUUAUCCUGAGUCUCAGAAGUUACUCCGGAAGAAAGCCAGGCGCAUGCUGAGAAGCAACAACAAGCCCAAGGAGGAGAAGAGCGUGCUCAUCCUCCCACCCCGGGCGGGCACCCCCAAGCUCUUCAACGCUGCCCUCGCUGCAACAGGGAAGAUGGGCGGCAAGGGGGCCAGAGGAGGCAAGCUCGCCCAUCUCAGAGCUCGCCUCAAAGAGCUGGCCGCGCUGGAGGCGGCUGCCAAACAGCAACAGCUGCUGGAACAGGCCAAGAGCUCACAAGACGCUGCAGGAGAGGCAGGCUCUGCCGCCCCCGACCAGCCCGCGGCCCCGACGGAGCUUCUGCUCAGCGACCACAGGCGGGUCUUCUGA